AUGGUGCACAACAUCCGAACCAAGGACGAGUUCCAAGAGACUAUCAAGACCUACCCCGUCGUCGUCGUCGACUUCUACUCCACCCACGCCGCCGAAUCCAAGGCCAUUGCACCUACAUUCGCCCACGCCAACGAGCUGGACCGAUUCAAGGACAUCCGAUUCUGCAAGGUCGACAUCGAGGACCUCAAGGGCCUAGCGGAGGAAAUUGGCGUCUCGCAGCCUGCUACUUUCCACAUGUACAAGAACGGCGAGAAGAUCAACACUCUGCAGAGUGCUGAGACGGAGGAUCUUAUGCAGUUCCUAGAAACUGGUCUAUAG